CGUAAAACCCGAAACAUUUAGCUAAUCAGCGAGCGGAAAGGACGGCCCGAAAACGAAAGUCUGCUACCAAAUGGCCAUAGUGAUCCUUAUUCAAACAAUUCAAUCUAUAUCAACAAAGGGAGAGCGUAUGGCGGUUAAAGAACCUGAACGAAUGACUGCUACCACUAGCGGCGAUGUUGCUGAUGGAAUAGCAGCACGGCGAAGUGCUGGGGAAAACACGGUUAACUAUUAAGAGUGGGCACGUUCCUCAAUACAAAAAGGAGAUGAAAAAUUAUUUACAGCUUCAUAUCAACUGAAAAAAGAACAUCAAUCUUUCUUAGAGCAAGCGAGGAGGGUGACAGCGUGUUUGAAACAAAGUGAGAAAUCGACCGGCGGUGAAUAGAAUUACUGCUAACGGUUGCCAUCCCAAAGAUGUCGAGUUUGUCGUCCCGACUGGGCUCUGCCCUAUCGGGGCUUGACGAGGAUUUACCGCGUCGUAUUCAUGCACUUCUCGUGCCAGAUCCAUCGAAUGUCAACAUUAUUCAACACAUUGUCGCGCACCUGGGGAAAUCAAAUCUCAAGGAUGGUGUGCUCGCGAAUUGUGUCUUAGCGGCAUUAGAAAGCAUUGUGGCAGUGGUGACAAACUCCGCUGUGGAUAAUACGUCAGAUGUGUCUACUUCGAGGUAUUCGGAAGAGGCUUUGAACAAGGCGUUCGUCCUUGGAAUACCGGAUGAUCUAAUGAAAGCCAUUGUUCAAGUUGUUUCGUUGCUCUAUAGGCGGCGAACGGAAGCUCGCCAAGCUGCGCAUAUCUGUCGCUGCAUGGCGCGUAUAAUGUCCCAGCAGCCCACCAAGGAACAGAUUACUUAUGUGGUUCAUAUCUUAAGCAACGUUUGCAAAAAAGACGCAGAUGUUCCCGCUGAGAAGUGCGCGUACUCUCAAGAGUGCGCUCUCUGGUUUUUGUGGUUCUGUUUACUGCAACCUAAGUUUGCUGGAUCGCUAAAUGUCGGUGUCGUUGACGCCCACCUUGCGCACUGGAAUAUGCUGAGCUGCACAUUGCUUCGUGAGUGGUCCUCGGGGUUGCCGCCCAUGAAACGAUGUAUGGCGACUCGCUUGACCUGUCAGCUUAUUAGAUUGGCGUCCAGUUGCCAAUUGGACACAUUUCGGGUGCUUUCUAGUCUGAAGUUUCCAUCAGAUCUUCAUGGCGUCAUCACUUGCCUUGGGCAGCGCGAUCUCGAAGGAGGUUUGAAGGCAGCACAGGAAGCUUCUGUUGUGAAAGAGUACGGGGCCAUCUUAGAUUAUCUCAGCAAUGUACUAGUUGUACGGAUAGAACACGGAAAGAAAAACCUGCUUCAGUUGGCAGAUACUACACUAGCGCUUGUUCGCUGUUUGUUGGCCAUUUCUGAACAGCCCCUUGAUCAAGCGCUUCUACUUCUUCGACAUGUCGUAUAUAAUCGGAGUGUGCUAAAUGAAGAGGAACUGCCUCGUCUGCUCAAAGCUCUAUGCACGUUGCGGGAACAUCUGCCUUUUAAUGAUCCAAAACAUUCCGUUUGGAAAAACGAGGCGCUUGCUAAGGUUGCAAACAAUAUUGCUAACGCACUAAAGAAUUGCAAGGAGGCGGAUCAAGCUCAAAAGCUAGAAGAAACAUUUGUGUUGAUAAUGUGCACACUUCUACCACGGUUUCCUGAAUCAAAAGAUUGCCUUCAGCUGCUUCGCGUGGUAUUGAUGGGAAUCGAGAUUGCAACAAGCAUCUCUCCGAAAAACGCGAGCAGUCGCCUUGAGCCUUAUCUCUCACCGCGUUGCAUCGGCGCCGUUUUGGAACUAUAUGGACCCGACAAGGUUGACCCAUUAGUAUUAGUCGCCUGUGAAACUUCACUUAGAAAACAAGAUGUCUUUUUAUUUAACCAGCUAUCUAAAAUGGAGCCGAACAGAUUUAAAUGGCUAGCACUAGAACUGUACGCGUUACAACGAAUAGGAGCAUCGAAAGAGGUAAUGGACACCGUAUUGGCUGAGCUCAGAGCGUGCCGGGUAAAAGAUCAAAGGCUUGUUGACAUCAUAACAGUAAUCAGCUUAAGGGCAAAAGCUCAGCACCAUGGUGACGAAGUAGUUGAUUCGGUGCGCACAGAGUCAUCGAAUGAAAGUAUUUUGAUAAAAGGUGCUCGAAAAGGUAUUUGGCUUUCGGUUCGCCUUCGGCAGCUGUCGGAAAAAAUCAAGUCCGAAAUCGAUAGAAGUCAAAAACUUCUUCACGAGGAGUUAAACACGCGAUUGAAGUAUGUCGUAAAAAACAUCAUUCACCACACUGGCCAAAGCUUUUCGUUCCUGGGAGCUUUCGGUUCAUUCAAGACCGUGAUUAAGGUUGUUAUUAACAAGUCACUUAUGUGGAUCUUCGCCAACUAUCAAGAGUUGAAAACCUUCGACUACUGGAUGCUUCUUGCAACUGCUAUAUGGGAUGACCUAAAACUGGCAGCUGGUUUUCUUGCCAUUAACGGAGAUACGUCGAAUCAUUUUCGGAUAUUAACUAUAACCGACGUUCUAUUAAAGGCCACAUCAGCCCCGAAGUCAGUUAUUCUUGAGAACCGUUUACGGAUCGCUGAAGCUCUGGUACAGGCGCGUUGCGUUGAAUUGGCAGAAACUGUCCUCAUCAAAAUCGACAAUCAGAUCCAGGCCGGAAUCAUGCUUGACUGUGAGGAUUUUUUUCACUUAAGGUAUCGACUUGAGAUGCUGCGACUCUGGGUAAAAGCUGAAGAAUGUGGGCAAGAACCGCCAUCACCCGACCGAAUCGAAGACCUAGCUAAAUCGGUGAGGGUAGCAACCAUCGAUAAACUCCGCAUCUACGGUUUGAAUCGAUACUACCAUGGCACAGCCUUAAAUCGUUGGGGAAUAAUUGAGAGCGGCAAACGGACAGCAAUCGACAUUCUCGAGAGUACAUCACGCAAUAUGAAGAUGUGCCUAGAGUAUCUUGAGACGAGAAAUCCUACGGUAAUGACAUGGGAAAAACUUGAUGUUGCAUUUCCGAUGCUGUCAACGGAGUGUGUAAAAGCUGACGCAUUGUUCGAUCUCGGCUCAAUGAGAGAAACAAUUAAUGUGACAACAACCAGCUGUUCUGACGGCCAGGUAUUGUUCAGUCUGUACUUUACGCUUCGGCACAUUGAACGGAUGCUUCGUAUUGCGAUUUUUUUUGACCGGCCGAUUGAAUCAAAAAUGAAGAUCGUUAGCGAUAUCCUCGACGUCAAAGGUGAUCCGUUAACAAAACUUAGUGCGCAAACUGUCGAUGAGGAGCCGUUUAAAAUCAAAUCAUCCUCAACGAUACCCUAUCACACUGCAAUGUACCUGAAGAUGAGGCAGAUCCAGGACGCCAAAGCAGAAAGGCGGAUGCCAGCUAAAGAAUUUGUCAAAUUCCACAAACGUCAGAGGCAUCCAACCACUUGCAAAUGUUAUCUUUGUUACAGCCUCGGUAUUCAUGUCACCCUAAAAAAAUUGGACGCCAUAACAGCGCAUGUCACGUUGGAAAAAUACUCAUGCAGUGAGCAGUGUGCCGAAACUCGGUUGGCGAAAACAUUGCGAGUCAUUAUGCAAACGCUUAGUCUCGACCCCCCUCCUGAGGAGAUCCUAUCUUUGCGUGCUAUUGGUCAAAAAGUGAAGCUUCGACACGCCUUUUCGCUAAGUCACGGAUACGCAUUGAUGGGAAAGUACUCGGAAGCAUUGUUAAUCCUAUCAGAUGCGCAUAGCGCGCUUCAACAAGCAGGAACUCGCCAUGAUCGCUUAGAGAUGGAGCUGUUGAAAUUUGAGUAUUCAUUUAAUGUCAACUGGAGCACGGCUCUCGCACAUUUGGGUAUUUGCACCAAUGAACCUGUACAACUUGUGCCUGAGCCGAAUUAUUCGCUAAAGACGCCAGCUGCAACAAAAAGGCCAAUAGUUAGAGCCGCGCCUCCUCGCCGCAGACUUCCAUUUUCGAAUGAAACUAGUAUUGACGCCGGUGAACAAUCGAAGGCAAAAUCUGACGUUCCCAAAAAAAAGGCGCGCGUGGCCUGCCUAUCGAAGAAAACGACUGCAGCAGUCGUGAACACCGAUAUCGAACCUGAGCCUGAAACGGUUUCUACUAAUAACGAAACUGAUGAUUUUGAAGUAACUUCAUCAACAAGUGCUUCUUAUGGAACACAAGGUAAUUCUGUCAUUCCAACCCGGAAAACGCGCAAACAAGAAGCUGAAGACAGGCCCAAGUUCAAACCACUCGAUGAAAAUUCCAGUCGAGUUACUCGCACAAGACGAAAAAUCCCCGUGCCCCGGAGUCAUGAGCUUGCUGCACCCACCACUGGAAUUGAUGAUAUUAUUUGCGAUGAUGAUCUGGGUCUUGAGGAUCAAUUUAUCAAGAUUAGUUUGGCUGAACGUUUCAACAAGUCUCUCGAAAUGGAUGGUGAUCGGGCAGAAAAGUGUUUCCAAACGUUGAUCGAUGCAGCACGCCCUUGUAUGCCCGUAGGGAAGCAGGUUCUGCUCACGAACCUCUUCACAAAUUUAGCAUUCCUGAGCGCAUGGCGCGGUCACAAAGAUUAUUUUCAGUUUUACCUCGAAAAAUCAUUAGGCGUCAGCGUUCAAUUAGCUGGACUUAACCGAGGCCUCAAGAUGGUGGGUCAUUAUGAAGACGGACUAUUGGAUAGCAGUUAUUUUGACUGGCUCAGACCAACGGUUGAAUUUGAAGAGCGUUGGUACGAGAAAUUGUGGAAAUGGUGUGAUCCAGGUUGGAGCAUUGUACAAGUGACAGCCGCUUUUGAACGCGCAGUUACUCCAAGUCUCAUUGCAACCAGAUAUCAAAAAGGUUGCGAUCCACAAACUGUACAUAUAAAUUCAAACCUUGACGGCCAGUUUCAGCGAGCUUUUAUCAAGGAAUUUGAAGACAUAAUUGUUAAAAAUCAAAUUAGUCUGAAGUUAGUGGAGAAAUCAAAAUAUUGGAAACUUCGCGAAUCCGCGGAUCGCCGACUUUACGAAUUCUUCGAGUCACUAGAAAAUCAGUGGAUGGGUUGCUGGAAAGGCAUGUUUCUUGGUAAGCUAAAAGAUGAAACAACGCAAAAAUUCGUGCUAAAUCUAGCAAGUAUGGUUAAAAAGUGGGCAUCUAAGCGAAAGGUCAAGGUGGAUAACGAAUUGCUUAUCACCGGACUUACAGCGCUGCCCUUAUUAAGCCUCGAACAACUGGUGACUAUGCUCUAUCGGGUUAUAAAGCCGAGCCUCAACAGCGUCGAGGAACUUCAAACACUAGCAGCUGAUAUCCAAAAUCAAGUACGAGAGAGCCAGCUGUUAACGAAAUCAUCGAAACGUUUGCCCGUUAUCCUAGUCUUGGACCGGCACCUCAUUAAUAUGCCAUUUGAUAGCUGUCAUAUGUACCAUGAUCAUGAUGUAACGCGAAUGCCGUGCGUCGGAUUAGUUGCUGCACAGGCGCAAUUGCAGCGUGUCAGAAACGCGGCUCUUUCACCUGCUGAGGCUUUCACACUUGCAGACCCCUAUGCUGGUUUUUAUUGCAUAAAUCCCGGAGACGAUCUUCCUGAGAGCGAAAGACGCUUUCGGGAGGACAUGUCCGUGCUGAUCAAACGAUGGGAGGGCACUCUGGGCAAACCAAUGGAACGCGAAGAUUUCAAGAGAAUGCUGCGUUCGAAGUCUGUGUAUUUGUAUUGCGGUCACGGAACGGGACGACAACAUAUGCGCGAGCAGAUGGAGAAUAUCAACAUACGGGCUGCUGCCUUGAUCAUGGGCUGUUCGUCCGGACGGAUGCGCAUCGUUGGCCAAAAAAUGGACACCGAAGGUUAUGCCCUUCGGCUGGUACUCGGUGGCUCCCCAGCCGUACUUGGCAACUUAUGGGAUAUUACGGACAGAGACUGUGAUCUAUUCACCUACGCACUCCUUCGAACGUGGUUAUGGAAAACUUGGCAGGAUGAAAAUCAAGAGCAUGAAACGGGAGAUGAACUGGUGCUUUCACGAAGACGAGAUACCGAAAUCGUUACGAGGGCUGGUCUAGCUGCAGCCGUCGGAUACGCUCGAUCUGCAUGCAAGCUCAAAUCCCUUGUUGGUGCAGCGCCGGUUGUAUGGGGAUUACCCUGCCUUAGCUACUCUGUAAAAUAAAGCUUCCAUCCCAUUAUACGUGCAUAUAGCUGUAGCUUCUACACAAAUUGUAAAUUAUGACGAAACUAUGAAAUUCAUUAUAUUUUUAUGGUAGAAUAUGUCGUAGAAAUUUUUCAAUAUAACUGAGGUAAGUUUUUGAAUUUUUUCAAUGGUCACAGGACGAACGGUUAAUGACUGACUACAUGAUUAAAAUGUGCGAUUUGCUGAUCAAAAAAACUUUUGUAAGAUGCUAAAUAAGUAAAGAAUCUAAUACGCAUCAAAUGCAUUAGAAAAUACGUUAGGUUAGGAAAACAAUCAAUGUUGUUAAUGCAUUAUGCGAAUCAACGAAUACUUCAUUCAAAUUAUCUCUUAUGGGAAGGCGCAAUACUUGUUAUUGUGUAUCUCAUGCCGACACUAAAAGAGUACCACAUUGAGUGAAUGGGGUAUGAUGAAUUUAAGGGACAUUUUUGAUUUUCUAAAUUCAAUUAGAAGCCUAUGCAACAACCACCGCAACGUGCGUUAUAGCAUACACCAAACGUAUGACUGUAUUCAUACAGUUACAUAUUACUGUAUAUAUAUAAGCAAUGUAUAUAACGUAACAUAGCGCUGACGAAGAUGUACACACGACGGUUUGUAUAUAACUCCGAAGAAUAGAACUACGAAAUACGUUGUUAUACACGUAAAAUACAUAAAUCAAUUUUGAUAAAGAUUGUAUUAAGCCUGCGCUUAAUCUUUUCGCUUGAUCUAGAUUUUGACAGAUCGAGUAAAUCUCUAGUGCGAUCACGAGUUCAGAAUUCUUGGUUGUACGUAGAUAUUUCUCAGUUUUUAUCUUAUUAAUGUGACGCGCACUCAGUCUGAUAUGCCCUAUCUGCCCACUCAUAAUACGAUUUGGCGAAUAAAAAUUGUUUUUUCACUACAAACAGUUAAACUUGUUGAAAAUAGAAAUUUGUUACAUAGUGCUAAUUUUCUUAUAUAACUAUCUUCGAACCUACUAAAUUCACUAAAAUGACUAGCUUGAACGAAUGUAGCCAUUUUUUUUUAUAAUGUGGAGUUUUCAAAGCUUCGCAUCUUCUGCCCGCUUUGCCGAAACAGGUUUUUGGGUUAACUCUGAAUUUUUUGUUCGUUUAAGAAUAAUGCGGUGAUAACCACUCGUCGUGAUUGAGUGUGUAUUAAGCAGCCCAUGAUAAACAAUUGUCAUAUAUGAGCACGUUGACUCGGCUAGGGACGAUUUGGAUCUGCUGCCUUUCAGGCCCCGUUUUAUAUGUAGGGAUGCGUGCUUUUAUCGCGAAGGUUACUUCGGAAAAAUCCCAAAAGUUCGCCAGGGGCUUUUAGUUUCGAUGACUUGGUUUUCGAUGAUCUAUCGAAAGAGCCUGCUUUGAUAACGCUAUUCUUAAACAAAAGGAGCUUCAACUACAGACUUUAACAAGACGGUCGAACUGUACUAGGAGCAUCAAUAAAGUAACUGCUCGACUACCUGAAAACUUGAUAGACCAGUCAGCGUAGGAAGCGCCAAUAUGAAGCGCCAAAAAAAAGACAUCCCAACACAGUUUUUCAAAAAAGUUGUUUAGCAAGUCUUACUGGAUGGUCGUAACGGCCCAAACUUGCUUGCAAAUGAGUAGAUAAUAAAAUAUAUAACAGACAUAUUCGAAGCCAUCAUGCGCGAAUUUCUAUCAAUAAGAAAGCCUACUGUCAAAGGAAACACUUCUAUCACACCAUAAUGUUUGCCUUUUUCGUUCGUAAAGACAUUGAAAUGGAAUAGUAGACUGAUAACACCUCAGCCACAUUACGAUCUAGGAGUCAAGUUGAAAGGAUGUGACAUAUAUUGCAUUCAAUUUCUUACUGGCUAAACCCUUCCGAAUAGAGAAUCACACUACAAAAUUAUAGCGCCAUGUUGCACUUUCGGCGUCUUCAUUUUUCCAUGUCGUUCCUUAUUGAGAACACAAAUUGUUGUUUUUUGUUAAGAUGAAAAUGUGUUAAUACUUAAUUUAUUUACACGAUUGUAUUCCCGUUUUAUCAACAUGGCAGAUAAGAACAAGGUAUAGAAUUAACAGCUCGUCUGAUUCCAACCAUCAUACUUGUGUCGUACAGAAAUAUGCACAUGCAAAUGUGAAUUCGGCUUCAUAUGAGCAAUAAUACAAUUAAAUAAUACAAUUAAUGGAGUCAGAAACGAUACCAUUUGCUAUUAUAUGUAAAUUAUUGUUUAUUCAUGAUAAACAUCAAUCCGGUUAAUUUUGAAUGGCAAUGUAUUAAAACGAAAAAUUUAUCCCCUGGCAUUUAUUUGUUUGUAAAUCCGAUUACAUGAUAACAUUAUUAUUACGCGGAAGCGCUCUCAGACUGUGUACGUCUGUCUUUAUCGUUAUAUAUGUAUAGUUAAGAUGUAUAUAUAUACCUUAACUAUACUUUUUGUUUCCACUACUACAAAUACUAUAGAUCUAUAUAUAUAUAUAUAUAUAUAUAUGUAUAUAUAUAUAUAUAUAUAUAUAUAUAUAUAUAUAUAUAUAUACUUCGUAAUAUUUUACAGCAGCCAAAUUCCACUUAAUUAUUCAUCAGUCACGAUCGAACCCACAAACGGGCCUUCACAGCUAGGUGAUAAUAUCGAAAAUAAGUUCAAUUUAAUUAUAAUAUGCUAAUAAUAAAACGCUUCCAUACAUGCAGAGGUAAACAGGCGCAAACACAUUUCCAUACUAUAAUUUUCACGACUCUUUCGGCAAUUUCUGGCCAAAAACACUCACGCACUUAUCAUAAAUGUCAUUUUUGCUCUUUCUAAAUACACGAAGUGUAAUCAUCGACGUGCGAUAAGCGCCGAAAAUUCCUUAUAUUAACCGAAAAUGAGACAGUUCAAUACCGUUUGCUCCAACCAACAUUUUGUCAAUGUGUACGAAUGUCGUGUCUGAGAUGUUUUAAUGUUACACUUUAAACUGAACCCAGAUUUGAUGCAAAUACUCAGAUAAGCAAUGCAGUUAUUCUUCAUGAUUGCCGACAAACGGUUGAUGAUCAGUUAAGAUCAUAAUCGACUUUAGCGAUUACCGUAACCAUUCCGUUUCACGCUUUCGCUAAUCUUCAUUGUUUUAUUAUUCUAUUGUUGUUUCAAAAAUAAACUUUACGUUUUUUCUGAGCCGACAACUUUCAUGCUGAUUCUGAUGUGUCUCGUUCGCCUUUAGAUCGCCUAAGACCAUUAUAUCUGUUAAUUUAUAUAACUUUUAUCAACUAUUUACAUAACAAUAUUUAAUAUAAAAGGAGCAUUAAAAACAAUUUAACAUCAUCAUAAAAAUGCAUUGAUCAAUGUAUUUUUUCUUCGAGAAAAGCUGUUCGAUUUGAUAGCAACAAAUUAGAUAUCUCACGUCGUUUGAAAACACUCCAAUGUGUUCAUUACAGAAUCAUGUGCCGUCGUUACAGCUUAUUAUCAGCCGCAUAAACAAAUAUACAACUUGAGUUUAAUGCUUUUAAAUAAUAAUGUACUCUUAUUCCAAUAUGCUUAUUUUUUAUGCUUAUUUUCCAAGACUAAGAAAACAAUUAUAUGAUAUAGAACUAAUAGGGGCUAUCAUCCUAAAAUAUACGCCUUGUAUGGGUGUGGGUGUGAGUGUGUCUGUGCCUACUGAGCCUUGCGCCAGGCGUCGAUCAGAUGUAACAAUGUUCGGAGAUUAAAGCAUAUGCUGGUCUAAGCCAGUUCAGCCGCCAAUCAUCAUCUCGCAAUAGACUAACAAAAUUGGUAGCCCCCCAUCACUAGAUUUGCCACUCAGCAACUAUACGCAACUAAUGCGCAUACACACAGUCCUGCCGAGCAUGCCUCUAACAAUUUUUUUCGUCUCCCUCUUUCUUUAUCAACUGUAUUAAAUAUCUACUAUUGGCUCACGGACCGUUUUUUUCCUUCCUCGUUCUUCAUCAUUCUCUCUCUUUCUGCUCUUUCUCUAAAAACAGUAAAGCCUUUACUAAUACUAGCAGAACGCUCAAGCAAUAUUUGUCACGUCCAUUUAGUACCAUUCACUUACUUAAUUACCAAUGAUCGCCAGACUACAACUGGUCUGCCACUUCCAGUUUUUUUAUUACUAAGCUCUAGGGCAUUUGUUCUAUGCGAAAAAUGCCUUCAGCUUACUCAUUUUAUCAUUCCUCUUUUUACCAAUGCUAACAUCACGACUAUGCAUUAUGAUUGGUAUAUCGCACUCGGCGAAUGUACAAGCCACAAGCGAUAAAGGUGCUCUCGCCUAUUUUCAUCUAUUCAGAAAUCACUUUCUUGAGAAAGGCUUUUGCGACCAUUGCGGAUUGAUGAUGUGGCUGAACUGCUAACUUUCAUUUAAAUUAUCAAAAGAUAACUGACCGAAACUCAUUGCCAUCACGCAGCGUCUGGCUGUGAUUGGACUAUUUAUGUCGAAGGGUCUUCCACACGGAACAUUGAUUGUUUUUCAUGUUUUUGUUCCAUCUGGGUUUUUCCAUCCGUAAAUAGCUAAUAAUAGAAGAGAAAGCUACCUUUUGAAGUGAACAGAGAUAACUCGGUAGAUUUAAUGAAGGGCCGUCCUGGCAUACCCUUUAAUAUUGUAUAUG